AGAUUUUUUUUUGGUGUAGUAAUUUUCUUUCUCUUUUCCUCCAAUUUGCUUACCGUUUUCCUCCCACCUUCCUCCUUUCCUAUCCCAAAAAGCAGCGCAACCCUUCCAUUUUCUUCACUCACUCGACCCUCCUUCCAAAUAUCCCCCCAGCCAAAAACCCACUUCUUGGAUAAGCUUAAGACCAUGGACUUACCAAACCCUCAACAGCUCCGUACAAUCCAAGAAACUGUGAUCGGAAAGCUACUAAAAGGAAAAGAAUCCGCAACCCAACUUGUAGCCUUACUCAAAAAGCCCAGAAGCUCUGGAGAUCGUGGUGGGUCGGUCUCGGCUGAGGAACUUGCCCUCCAAAUCUCUAGAUCUUUUUCUGAGAGUAUUUCUGCCUUUAGCUCUCUUGAGGGUAAGGGUAAUGGGAUAUGCCAGAUCGUUGCCGCCGACGGCGUCGUUAGGGUGUCUUCCGUUGACCGGGGGAGCUCCAAGACUUCGGACAACAGCAGGAAGAGGCUAGGAGUGAAAGAUCGGAGGGGUUGCUAUAGGAGAAGAAACGUUGCGCAGUCUUCGAUUAUUGUCUCCUCUACUGUGGAAGAUGGACAUGCAUGGAGAAAAUAUGGACAAAAGGAAAUCCUCAACACAACAUAUCCAAGGUGCUACUUUAGGUGCACCCACAAGCAUGAUCAAGGCUGCAAGGCAACCAAGCAAGUCCAGAGGAUCAAAGAGGAGCCCGUCAUGUACCAAACCACAUAUUUUGGGCAUCAUACUUGCAGUGAUACCCUGAUGAGGGCUCCACAAAUCAUCUCAGACACAGAUCCCAUGGACUCUUGUCUGCUUAGUUUCGAAACAAAGGCCCCAAUCAAGCAAAAUCUUCUUUAUCCUAAUCGGGUGAUGACCACCGCCACAGCCACAGGGAAUCAAGAAUUCAAAGAUGAGACGCAGAGUGAUGUCUCCGACAACAAAUCAUGCCUGGAUUCUUCUACCAUGUUGCAGAAUCCAACGACUAAUUCAGAGACAUCUGGACGGAGAUCCUCCAACGUUAAUGGAGCUUAUCACGAAGAAGUGGUCUCUGGCAUGCACUCAUGCUCAUCAACUCCUUUGCAAGGGCUGGAUAUGGAGGAUUUCAGUACUAAAUUUGAUGAUCUAGACGAUCAUCUUUUAUUUGACGACAUGGCCGGGCUCUUGCCUGCCCUUUCCUAAACUCUUGGCCUGAAUCCAUAUAACUUCACUGUCUUCCAACUCCAGAAGCUGUUCGGACAAGUGAUUGAAAUUCAGCUGCUCUCGCCUGCCCGGAACUAAAGGGAACUGCUUUCUCUCUAAUUCAAGUCCUUGUGCUUCACUAAACAUGGUGUCCACUGGUUAAUUUGUCAUUACUGUAAAAGGUAUAGCUGUAGAUGUAAAUGUCUGUGUGGUGGGGUGGGAGCUACCGUUUGUUCUUUUUCUUUAUCGAGGUGUGAUUAAUGUAACUAUCGAUAAUAUGUACGACGCUAAUACCUUUUACUGCUAUAAUUUAAUAACCCAGUUAGAUGUGUAAGACAA